AUGUCCUUGUCGGGUAUUCCCUGGAACCAUUUUGACCCUCUGAAUCAUUUCCCGCCCCGGCAGGACUCCACCCCCGGCUUUUAUCCCCAGUACUUGUCGUCCUCCGCCUUCUUCGGCCACGCCCUCCCGCAGUUAUCGAGCGUCCUCUACGCCGAAAGUCCCGCCUACUUCAAUAUGAAUGCCCUCUCCGCCGAGGAGAUGGAGAGGUUCCAAAAACUCUCCAAUGAGUUUGAGGCUGAGCUGCCGGGUCCUCUCGUCUCCCCGAAACAAUCGAGCAAUACCGUGGCCCUCGAAUAUGCGAAUUCGGACCCCACCUUUGCCACCAAGACCAGCGCUCUUGCCGUCACUCAUCCCUUCAUGCGGAUCAUGAAGGGCGAUGGAAACUGUGGCUGGAGAGCGAUUGCAUUCGGCUACUUUGAGAGUCUUUUGAACCUGCGCAAUCCGCUUCAGGUACACCAGGAACACGAACGGAUCAAGUCCUUGAACGUACUGCUCCAACAAGUCGGCCAGGAAGAACACAUCUACGGGAUCUUCGUGGAGGCGACAGAGGAGAUCUUCACCCAGAUCUCCGAGGCGAUCCAGCGAGGGGUGCGCGACGAUCAGUUCCUCGUUGAUGCAUUCAAUGACGAGUACAACUCCAGCGCCAUUCUGUGCCAUUUCAGGUUCCUCACGAGUGCAUGGAUGAGAUUGAACCCCCACCGAUAUCAAGCGUUUCUCUCGCUUCCCGUGGACCAGUACUGCGCGUCACGGAUAGACCCGACCAAGACCGAGAUCGAUGAAGUCGGGCUUCAGGCGCUGGUGGAUGGAGUAAUCGAUGCUUCCGGGUUUGCCGUCGAAAUUCUUUACCUCGACCGCAGUGAAGGGACCGCCGUGACCCCGCAUCAGUUGACUCAAAGUCGACCGACGGCGGCGACCAUCCGUCUGCUGUAUCGCCCGGGCCACUAUGAUCUUCUCUACCAACCCGAACCAACCGUGAACAUGGAACCCGUGGUGAACUAUCAAUAUGCCAUGACGUCGAAUUACCCGGCCUGGGACCAAGGAACCCUUCCAUUCGACGUGGGCUCCAUCUCAAUGUCUAUCCCCAACCUCAUGGUAGAUCCCUCUUUUGGUGGGCUUGGUGCAUCCCCGAUGCCGGCCGACCCCUCCAGUCCGUUCCGCGUCUCGUCGCCCCAGGAGAUGUAUCCCCAACCCCCAAUGAGCACUCCGCCCCCUCCGAUGCCCGUCGCCUCGCCGCCGCCGCCGCCUCCCCGAAUGUCCGCGCCCCCACCCCCGAUGAGUUCGCUGCCACCGCGGUCGACAGAUGGGCCUCAGAUCCGCUUAAACCCGUUGGUGAUGAAACCCAACCUCAGCCACUCACUCCCGGUGACCACGCCGUUUAAGAACUCCCCAUACAACCAGGCUCAUUUCCAGAAUCAAGAUUUCGAGCCAAUUCAUUGGGCCCCCCAUGAAUCACGCAAAUGA